AUGAAACUGUUCAAAUAUGAUGAUAGCAUUGACGCUUCUGUUGCUUCUUCUUCACGUAAUUUCAAAUUCAUUUAUGACGAUGGUUUGGCAGAAUGUUCGGAACGCCCUGUGUCUAAAAAAAUCUUCUUCAGGGCUGGGUGUUCAGGUGACUCUUCUGACUUAAUAAAUUUGGUAAAACUUUAUCAAGAUUCUGAUGAUCGCGAAACGUUGAAGCAUUGGAUGGAUAUAUAUGCACAACAGAGGAAAAAUGCACAAAAGGGCGACAGUGGUUGUAAUGCUUCAGUUAGUGAAAGAAACAGUGACGAUUUUUUGGAAUCUUCUAACACAGCAUCAUCUGGAUUGAAAGAAUUGCAAUACAAAACUAUCCAAUCUCUGGAUCGACUUGUGCCAGUGGAGGGUACAGGAGGAGUUGGAUUAGAAAAGUGUCAUUCGUUAGAUUACCGAAAAGAAACGGAUACUAUGGACUCAAAAGGAGGAUUGAGACGCUGUCAGGAAAUGUCGAAUAUUUCAUUGCUGGAUUCAUAA